UGGAAAUUACUGCCGUCAGACUUUAAUUGUAUUGUUUUGCAGAUGAAAAAGCAGUUCUCAUAUUUUUGUUUUAAGGGUCUGCAGAGCCAUCUCCACGGCAAAGAAGCCUUGGAUCUUUCAAAAUUGCUCACUGUGAGAGCUCAUAUCACUUACUGGGAGAACAUGGACAAUCUUCACUUUGAUCUUCGCUGGGCGGCUGUCACGGUAGCAAAUUCAUUUGAAAGCACUCCCAUAAAGCCUGUCCCAAUUAUACCCACGGCCCUAGCCAGGAACCUGAGCAGUCACAAUAAUAUUGCACAGCUUCAAGGAACACACAAAUGCGGAUAUUUGACGAUGGACCAAACUCGGAAACUGCUUCUAGUCCUAGAGUCUGAUCCAAAGGCUUAUACACUUCCACUUGUCGGAAUCUGGCUGAGUGGGAUUACACAUAUCCACAGUCCGCAGGUUUGGGUCAGCUGUCUGCGAUACCUGUUCAGCUCAUCGGUUAAGGAAAGGGUGCUCUCAGAGUCUGGCAGUUUCCUCAUUGUUCUCUAUUCACUGACCCACAAGGAGCCUGAGUUCUAUGAGUGUAUUCCAUGCAUUGGCCAUGAUCCUCUUGGCUACCAGUUGCUGACCUGUGAAGAUUCUCUACACCUUUUUUAGAAUGUGGAAUCCUCUAAACAAUCACCCCUGUCGUUUGAG